AUGGGAAGCGGCGGCGCCGGACUGUGUCCUGGGUUCAGAACCGCAGACACCGACAGCGCGUCCGCGCUCGCCGCCCGUCACCCCGUCUGCUGGUGCCGCCGACACUCAGGCCAUGAGCUCCGGGAUGUGGGUCGGUCCCUGGAAACCCCACCGGCCCAGAGGACCGAUCGCCGCCUUCUACAGCAGCCCCGGACCUAAGUACGGUCUCCGCGGCUCGACCGGUUACGAGUUGCACGAUGCGACACGGUUCCGCUCUCCGUCGUACAGUUUCGGGGUGCCCCACGCCCGCCUGACGGUGGACAGCUCACCGGGGCCGGCCUACCUCGUGCCCUCGCUGCUCACCCACCGGGGCCGCGACGGAGCCCCCGCCUACUCGCUGUACGGGCGGCCCAAGGACCUCAAACCGUUCCAGACGCCGGGGCCAGGUUACUACGCUCCAGAGAACUCGGGGAAGUCGGCCUUCACCGCGGCCCCUGCUUUCUCCAUUGCUUCAAGGACCAGAGGGUUCCGGACUGACCAUUCCCCAGGUCCUGCAGCUUACAUCCUGCCGCCUGUACUGGGCCCCAACAUUGUCAUCAAGUCCUCUUCCGCCAACUUCUCUCUCAGUGGACGAAGCAAAACGGGCAGUUUCCACGAAGACUUCCAGAAGACUCCAGGGCCGGGGGCGUACAGAGUCACUGACACCAGCGUCUACAAGCAGAAGCCUCCCCAGUUCAGCAUGAUCGGCCGGAACCAGCUGCCUGGGGACUCGACAAGGAAACCCGGCCCAGGGAGUCACAGCCCAGAGAAGGUCGUGGUCAAUCGCAACGUGGCUCCUGCUUUCUCCUUCGGCAUCAGACAUUCCGAGUACGUGGCACCCAUCAUCGUGGAUGCCGUGUAACAUUGCCAUGCGUGUGACACGUGGAAUGGGUGGAUGUGUGCCAUGUAACGUGUAUGUGUACGUGUGGACAUUGUGUUGUGUAGCAUGUGCUAUGUAACGUGUGCAUGUGUACAGUGUAACGUGUCGAUGUGUACUGUGUAACGUGUGUAUGUAUAUCAUGUAACGUGUAUGUUUACGUGUGGACAUCGUGUAGCAUGUGCUAUGUAACGUGUGGAUGCUGUGUAAUGUCACGUGUACCUGGCACCUGGUCAUCAUGGAUGCCACAUAACAUCACAAGCUCACUGUGCAGCAGAUGUUUCAUUCAAAUCAUCGCUCUUUCUCUUGGGAAUGUUUGGAAUCAUUUUAGGAGCAGCCCAGCAGGCGAUAAAGAAAUACUCCAGGGUUAUUGUUGUACAGAAUGAAUCGUAGCGCAUGACUAAAACCCUGGUCUGCAGUGUAAAUCUGUUGGUUUUACUGAAGGUUUGGCUGUGGCGACAUCACUCAAUCACAAACUAGAGUAGCAAGAAUUAAAUAAGAUACCAAUUAGAAAUGUUUAAGUAUCUAGAUCUGAAGACACAGGAAAUGUUAAUACCUUGCGCUUUCUACUAAUUAUCUUGUGUAAUCUCAACGUAUUUACCAAAUCCAAUCAGUGCUGACAGCGUUUCUCACCCAAAGUCCAGCCUGUGCUUGGCCCAUGGCCAUCUAAACUUUUCCUAUCCAUAUAU